UAAAUACACACACCCAUCCACCCAUACUGCAAUUGCACGUGCUUAGUGUUUCAUUUAUUUAUUUAUUUUUUUUUUUUUUUUUUUUUUUUUUGCUUUCUUUCUUUUAAUCUUACAAAAUCCCUACAUCCGAUCCCAUCCUCUAAAUCAGCAAAGUGAUUAAAUAAUGAGUUUGAACGGAUCAUUAUAAUUAACAUGAAGAGAAUCAUUAUCGAAGAUUGCAGCAAAAUAUCAAAUGUCUUACUAUAAAUUCAAAUUGAUCUUUCUUAUUAUAUCUUAAGUAUAUUAUAGGCUAAGAUUAUUGGAGAAAUUGGAGAACAUAUACACUUUUAGCUCUAUAGCUAUAGUUUAGCUAUAUAAAGUUAUUGGAAAGCAUCAGAUGUUAGUCAGCGUUCGAUAAAUGGUAAACUGAUUUCACUGAUAUCUACACCUGAUUACAUAUAUUAUAAGUAAAAUAGCUAAUCGAUCAAUAUCGAGCAGAAGGAGUUUAACUAAUUUGGUUAAUCUGAUAAAAUGUACAAAUUAAUCAAGCGCCCUUGUUCGUAUUUUGUUGUUGAAACACUCUUAGUAACAAUUGACUUGGAAAGCUACAAGCUUAAUAAGCAUUCUUGUUUCUUGUCUACAGAUGAAGUUCUACAACGGGUUAGAAGCUAAAAAAACUAAUCCAAAAUUAGCAAGUAAAAAGUGUGUAUUAGUCGUAAAGCUAGCUACACACCCGCUGCCUAUGUUCCGUAAGUGUGUAGACACCGAAAGACAGAGACAGUGGAAGAGGGUAAGCAAGUGAAAGGGAGAAAAUUUUGUCUACGUUUGAGGCGAACUUUGGAGCAAACACAACAAUCCAUGUAGUUUGUUUCAAAGGUAUGCAGCACUUUUAAAAAACGAACAGUCCAAUGUGUGGCAUGGUAUGCGGCCAAGUCCAGAACAAGUGCGAGAGAGAACUGAGAAAGCCCUUUAGUUUUAUGAAAGCAGUUGAUUAGUGGACAAAUUUCCUUUAUCUCUGUAGAGCACUUAUUAUGUGCAAGCAUAGUUAGACUCUCAGCGUUUCUUAAUAUGUUCUUCAGCUACGAACCGAUAUAUAGAAGAUAUAUCUGAAUCGUAUGCUCAUCAAAAAUAUAUAUGCUCUAUGGAAACUGCGAAGCGUAUUUCUGUAUAUUACAACUUUUAAUACCCAAUAAUUUUCGUUGGAUUUGAAAAUAUUUUGGAAGAAUAAUUUUUAAUUUUUAGUACACAUCGAAUUAAUAGAGCAAGUGUCUCUAAAAGUUCAAUCAGAAGUAAUCUCGCCUUGCCCAUAGUUAAGAAAUAUCUUGGCGACUUUCAUGGAGGAGAAAGCUUCGAGCUUCCCUAGUCUGGAGGGAAUCGACCACAAUUUUCUCACUGCUCUCGCCCACUUGUCACACUAUCGUGGCAGUUCAAAGUCUAUUUGCGCUGCCCACGUUUAGAACAAUCUAGCCAUUGCAGAUUAUCUGGCCGUUCUAUAUCUCUGCACUUUCAAAUCGAACAUAAGUAAAAGUGCGCUCUCCCUUUCCUCCUCAUGAUCCCUGUCUGUAAUCACUUGUAACUAAAAGCCUACCUGAGUCGAUCAUAAGUACGAGUUUGCUGCAACCUCUUCAAAUAGUGCCUUAAAAAAUUGAAAAUACAAUUUCUCGUAAAGGUAUCUUAUCUUCUUCUUGUUUCACACAUAAUCUAAUUUCUUUUGAUCUGUCAACUUGUAUAAAUUUUUUAUCAAAAUUACGAUAUACGUGGCAAUUGUCCCGGCAAAUGAACAGUCAACCAUCUUGCCCAAUAAAUUUCAACCAAUGUAAAUAAAUCACAACGUUUCCGUGCCUGCAAGGCCUAAACAUGCAAGGAGUGAAAAGCAUAUUCUCGCUGUACGCGAGAGUAUUUUAUAAAAAUGCAAAUUUAUCGAUAUCGAAUUCAUUCUCAGUACCAAAAUUCGUCCCAGUAGCUCCUUGUAAAAUGUUUUCAGUGUAAAUUGAAUGAGCUGUGUGUGUCCGACCUGUGGUUCCAACAAAAUUGCGAAAUAUAUUGCAUAACUGUAAAGCUGCAUUGGGCAGACGGAUAGGUGGACCGGCGGACAUACUAAAUUGCAUUUCGUGCAUUUGCAACUGGACACACAGACAGACGGACAUGCUUAAACUUAUUCCGAAUUUGAUCAAACGGGUUGUGAAGCCUCCUUCUGGGCGUUGCAGUCCUUUCGUUAGAUUGAAUGCACCCGUCAUACUUCGGUGAUGGGUAUAAAAAUAGAUAUAAGAUUCCAUGAGUUUUGUUUUUGUGUGUUGUUGAGAUGAACAAAUUGCUCGAAACUGGAUGAAUGUUUUUUUCUAUGCAGUAGAUUAAAAUUAAGCAGUGUCUGUGAAUGUGGAUAUUUGAAUUAAUAAGAUGAACCCCGUGCUUUUUCUUUAGAGCGUGUUUUCCGCAAGUUUUCAAAUUGAUUUUCGGCAUUUGUUACUUUAAAUUAUUAGUAAAAAUAUGUUAACUUUUAUAAAAAAUCAUUGGCGCUUGUUUACUACGACCCAUCCGUUAUUAAGAGGCUCCAUAACCUAUGCAGUGUUAUGGCCUACCGGUAGUUUGAUACAACAAAGUUUGGAUGGCAAAAAUUUCAAAAACUACGAUUAUAUGCGUAUGCUCAGAUUCAGUAUAUUUGGUUCGCUAUAUGUAGCUCCUACGUUAUAUGGUUGGGUGAAAUUAUCAACAGCAAUGUGGCCGCAAAUGACGCUACGAAUAGGUCUAAAGAAGGCUGCCGUAGAACAAAUAUCUUAUGGUCCUUUUGCCUGUGCCAGCUUCUUCAUAGGUAUGUCACUAUUGGAGGGUAAAACAUUUAAAGAAGCCAUCGAAGAAACCAAGCAAAAAUUUUGGCCUACUUUUGAGGUAGCCAUGUGCGUAUGGCCAAUAAUACAAACUAUAAAUUUUUCCAUGAUACCUGAAAAAAAUCGUAUAGUAUUUGUUAGCAUUUGUAGUAUAAUAUGGACCACGUUCUUAGCUUUUAUGAAACGCACGGACCUGCAAAAUUCUGUUGAUCAUCAAAGCAAUAUACAGUACAAGUGAAAACAUUACCUCGUCAUAUUUAGAAAUUUUAAAGCAUAAUGAAAAAUU